UCCGUUUCCGGUUUAACAACCAGCAACUACGCUUGUGCAGUAGCCUUUCAUCAAGCUGGAUGUCGAGUUAUCUUAGCAGGAAGAAGUUUGGAGAAAUUAACAGAAGUAAAAAAAGAUUUAAUAUCUAACUUUAAAAGCCAAAAUGAACCAAAAAUUGUGACUUUAGACCUGGAAGAUGAGAUGAGUCCGGCAUUAGCUGCUAAUGAAGCUUACAGUUUUUAUAAUCAAGUUGAUAUACUAAUUAAUAAUGCUGGUAUUAGCUAUAGAGGUAGAAUACAAGAUACAUCGAUACAAGUUGAUAAAAAGGUUAUGCAAGUCAAUUAUUUUGGUCAAGUGGCUUUAACAAAAGGUAUAUUACCAAGAAUGUUAGAAUCUGGUAAUGGUGGCCAUAUAGUUGGUAUAAGUAGUAUUCAAGGCAAAAUAUCUAUACCAUAUAGGUCUGCAUAUUCUGCUUCAAAACAUGCAUUCCAGGCAUUUUGUGAUUGUUUACGGGCUGAAUGUGCUGAUAAGAAUAUCAAUGUGUCAGUUAUUAGUCCAGGCUAUAUAAAAACAAGCCUUUCACUAAAUGCUGUUACAGGAGAUGGCAACAAAUACGGUGUCAUGGAUAAAACAACUGAAAAUGGUAUGACACCAGAAUAUGUGGCACAGCGAGUGCUAGAAGCUGUCAUGUAUCAGAAUAAUGAUGAUAUUUUAUCAUCAAUCACUCCUAAAAUAGCUGUUUAUUUACGAACAAUAGCUCCAUCGGUUUUCUUUUGGUUAAUGAAAUCCAGGGCUAGAAAAGGACAGAAGGAUUACACCGAAGAAUGAAAUCAUCAGUAUAACUGUUAAAUGGAAUUACCUCC